AUGGGUUUUAGAAAAAGAUUAAAGAGUUUGAAAUUUAUUGAAAAAUUAAUGAGUUUGUAAAUGUAAUUUUUGUAAAAAGCAAAACGAUAGAAUUUCAGGAGAAAUGUAAUAUAUGCUGAAUCGAAUCGAUUUUUGUAAAAAUAAAUUACUUAAGAGAUAAAUGUGAACAAAAGAGAGCAAUAAUUGUAAGAAAUAGAUGAAAUAACUGAGAAAUUAGAUGAAUAUAUUCAAAAUAUCAGUGAUAUGGGAUAAUAACUCAGAUUGAUAAAUGAUUUUUUAAAUCAUAUCAGAAAACGUUUGUUAAGAGUUGAGGGAAAAAUAAAUCAAAUGAAGGAUUAACUCAAUAGCAUGGGAAAUGAUAUAAAUUUUUGA